CCUUUCAAUCUUUCUUGGUUUGUCCUAUCGACAUAAAACAUUAAAAAAAAAAGAAAAAGACAUCAAAGGCGAAAGAGGCACACUGGUCAGAAACUGGAUGAUCAUGGCAACGGUGAACUGGAGCAGUUGGGUGAAACCAUCAGCAUCAGGCCCUCAGCCUCUGUUGUGUUGCUCAUUGAAGAGGGGAACAAGGGUAGAGAAGAAGGGCAUUAGAAGGGUGGAUUGCGCUCUACACUCACCCCCAGUGAUCCACUUCCCAAACCAACCCCAAAUCACCAAAGAAACCACCACACCGGGGAAACACUCUCGCUGGAACCCAUUCCAAAAAGCCGCCGCAAAAGCCCUUGACAUGUUCGAGACCGCGUUGGUCGCACGCGAGCUCCACAAACCGCUCCCUAAAACCACCGACCCACGCGUCCAAAUCGCCGGAAACUUCGCCCCCGUCCCCGAACACCCCGUCACGCAUUCCCUCCCCGUAGAGGGCACAAUCCCCCGCUCCCUUAACGGCGUCUACGUCCGUAACGGCGCCAACCCAAUGUUCAACCCCACCGCGGGGCACCACCUCUUCGACGGCGACGGAAUGCUCCACGCCGUUAAAUUCAAUGACGGGACCGCCUCCUACGCCUGCCGCUUCACGCAAACCGAACGCCUCCUGCAGGAACGCGAACUCGGAAAACCGGUCUUCCCCAAAGCCAUAGGCCAACUCCACGGCCACUCCGGCAUCGCCAGGUUGCUUCUCUUCUACACGCGCAGCCUCUUCGGCCUCCUCGACCACCGCCGCGGCGCCGGCGUCGCCAACGCCGGCCUCGUCUUCUUCAACGGCAAACUCCUCGCCAUGUCCGAGGACGACCUCCCCUACGAGGUCCAAAUCACGGACUCCGGCGACCUCAAAACAAUCGGCCGUUACAGCUUCGAAAAUCAACUCAAGUCCAGCAUGAUCGCGCAUCCCAAGAUCGACCCGGCCACCGGCGAACUCUUCUCCCUCAGCUACGACGUCACCAGCCCCUGCCUCAAAUACUUCCACUUCUCGCCGGCCGGCAAGAAGUCGCCGGAAGUCGAAAUCAACCUCGGCUCUCCGACCAUGACGCACGACUUCGCCAUCACCGAGAAUUUCGUGGUCAUCCCCGACCAGCAGGUGGUGUUCAAGCUGGCGGAGCUGAUCAAAGGAGGGUCCCCGGUGAUGUUCGACGGCAAGAAGAAAUCUCGGUUCGGGGUUCUCCCCAAAUACGCGAGCGACGCGUCGAGCAUGGUGUGGGUGGAGACGCCGAACGCGUUCUGCUUCCACCUCUGGAACGCGUGGGAGGAGGCAGAAACGGACGAGGUGGUUGUUCUGGGGUCGUGCAUGACGCCGGCGGAUUCCAUCUUCAACGAGAGCGAGGAGAGUCUGAGGAGCGUGCUGAGCGAGAUAAGGCUGAAUCUGAGGACGGGUUUGUCGACGCGGCGCGCGGUGGUCCCCGAUAUGAACAUGGAGGUGGGGAUGGUGAACCGGAAGCGGUUGGGGAGGAAGAGCCGGUUCGCUUACCUGGCGGUGGCUGAACCGUGGCCGAAGGUGUCCGGUUUGGCGAAGGUGGAUUUGGAGAGCGGAGAGGUGACGGUGCAUGAGUACGGCGAGGGAAGAUUCGGUGGAGAGCCGUUUUUUGUGGGCACACGUGGAGGCGAGGAGGACGAGGGGUACGUUAUGGCUUUUGUGCAUGACGAGGUGACGUGGCAGUCUCACUUGCUGAUUUUUAAUGCCCUCGACUUGAGCCUCCAGGCCUCUCUCCUGCUUCCCUCCAGAGUCCCCUAUGGCUUUCAUGGCACUUUCAUUGAGGCUCACCAUUUCCCCUUACAAUCCUCCUUUCAUUAAUCCUUUUUUAUUUUUUUUAUUUUAUUUGGUUUAAUAACUUUGUGGAGAAUUUCACCAGAGGGAUUCAUUGGGUUUGGGUACCACACUUGACACUACCACUAGCAGACAGGUCCCCGGGUUCUCCUCAACAUGGAUUUUGUUGUUAUAUCUGCAUGACUGCAUUGCAUAUUGGAUAUUGCAUUCCUACUUUCCAUUC